ACGUACAUUGGUUCUUCGUUUUCUCCGCGCCCCUGGUGAUCGACAGGUUUCAAAUGUGGGAGCCUAGGAGGACUUCUUAUUGGGCUGACUAACUAAAGAUCGAUCCAUCCCAGAGCGUCCAAUUUUUAUUAGCCAUUAGGAGCUUGACAAUGGGCUACUGUCUUGCGGUCUUGUUUACCGUCUACGCUUUCCGCCCUUGUUUAGUGUGGCAGCAACGAAAAAGGAAAAAUUUAUUACUAUGGAAUAGCACCUUAGGAUUAAAAGUAACAGUCGUACCUGGAGGAUCCACUGUGCCCUUGGCGCAUGAAUCGGCUGCGACCUACGAAAGUCUCGAUCGGAUGACAUCUACUACGAUUCAAAUUCCACCUAGUCCAUGCAGAGCUCGACUUCUGGUUCGCGAUCUACAGUACCACAGCCCAACAACGAGAACACGAGGGGGCCAAGAGUGACGGCCGAAUUACCUAUACGGACUGAUACUUCAAGGCUCAAGUAAAUAGCAUGUUCGGGGCUGGUUUUAAACUCAGUCGCCCUGGCAGUUAGCAACCAACUAUUGGCUCGCUUAUUCUUAGGCCUCCAAACCAG